AAGAGACUCCCUUCUGGGCUCACAGAGAGAGGGGGAGAAAAACAAGACUCUACAUUUUAAAUAAAAGGUUUAUAGUAUUUUUUAAAAAGCUUAUAAACCGUUGUAAUACAGAAGUUAAUGUUUUGUUUUGUCUGAGAUGGACCAAGUGGGUGGUACCAUGUGGAGCACAACUUAGCCUGGCCACGUGGUGCUGGGAUAACCAAUCAGGCGCGGCUCCAGGUUUAACUAUGUUAAAUGUCAGAUUGCAAUAAACUAGAAGCUGUUGGUCGGGCCCGCGGAAAUGGGCGAGCAUAAUCUCCUUAAUCCAGGGUUUGUGGGACCUCUGGUAAACAUCCACACGGGAGACACGUUUUACUUUCCGAAUUUUAGAGCCUCAGGGGGACAGCUGGCGGGGCUACCGUCUCUCUCCUACCCGAGAAGGGACAAUGUUUGCUCCCUCCCGUGGAACCCUUCGGAGCCGUGCAAUGGAUACUCUCAAUCCUACUUUAGCAGCCCCGUGUCUAUUAACCCUUCCUUCAAUCGGUCGUGUGAGAUCACCAGGCCAGAGGAGGGCAAGUGUUACUACAACAACGGGAACAGAGAGACCUGCUCAGGGGGCGGCGGCGGCGGCGGCAGCGGUAGCCUCAAACGGGAGGACAGGGCAAGGGACGCAUCUUCCCUAACAUCUGACCACGGGAUGCACGCUGGGAUUGCGGGCGGCGUUGCCUUCUCCAAAUAUGAGUAUGGGACGGAGCAGCUCACGCAGGAUCCGCCGUCCUGUCAGUCGAUGGAGUCCGACUCCAGCUCCUCUCUGCUGAAUGAGGGCGGCAAGCCUCCAUCCAGCGACACACAGACCCUGGUGUCACCGGGAAGCCAUUCAGGCAACAUAGCCGCAGGCGGAGGUGCCCCGUGGUACCCGAUGCACACUCGGACCAGAAAGAAGCGCAAACCCUACUCCAAGCUCCAGCUGGCGGAGCUCGAAGGGGAAUUCAUGCUGAACGAGUUCAUCACCCGGCAGCGGCGGAGGGAGCUCUCUGACCGGCUGAACCUCAGUGACCAACAAGUGAAGAUCUGGUUCCAGAACCGCAGGAUGAAGAAAAAGAGACUCAUGUUGAGGGAGCAAGCUUUGGCCUACUUUUAGAGAGAUUCGGGAUAUAGAAAGGUGAAUCGAUAAGCAGUAAAAAAAAAAAAAAGAAAAAAAAGGAAGAAGUAGAAGAAGAAGAAGAAGAAGAAGAAGAAGAAGAAGAAAAAAAGCCAAGCCUACUACGCUCCCUUAGGUCUUCUUUCAAUGCAUGCACUCAUAUAUCCAUCUUUAUUCACCUUACAGGCUAUCAUUAGAUCCUUUUUGCUGGAUUAUCUCUAACGGAUCUCCCCCACCUCUUCAAAACAAGCCAUUAAAUGGCGUCAUAUAAGAUGCACAUCAGUGAGCCUUGAGGCGUGGUGUAAUGGCACAAAAGCUGUGAAAAUGUGUUUUAUCCUGUGUACCCCCCCCCCACCCACCUCCCACCCUCCGCUCUUGAACCACCAAAGCAUAUUUUUUGAGGCAAUAUGACAACAUUCAUUCUGUUUUAGCCUGAGAGAUGAAGACGUAGAAGAGGUCAUUCGAGGCAGAAAUCUUAAGAUUUCGGCCUAAAAAUAUCUGCGAGGUCAGACAGUCUGACUGCAACGAAUCCGCGCUGUAAUGUCUUUAUAAUAUCUUCAGUUAAGAUCUGAAGAGGAAAAAAAGAAAAGAAAAGAAAAGAAAAUCCAUCCCGGCUGUUUUCUGCGUCCUAUCGUGUAAUUUGUUGCUCAAGAGGAGUGAUUCACAUGCUUUCUUUUCUGUGUGUGCACGUUCACGGUCACGGGCAGGAGUGCUAGAAGUCUGGGUCUCUGCAUGACAGAGGAGAGGCAAGUAUAACAAACGCAUAAAUAUAACACAGCAACGGAAUUCACAGCAGCACAGCCGAGCCUGACAGACUACGCACUGAGGAUUAAAAACAAAUGAGUGCAAGCAAAAUUUGUUUAUAUAUAUAUAAUUAUUAGUAGUAGUGUUAUUAUUCUACUUCUUUUGUUACCUCUCAGCUUGUCUUAACAACAGACCACUGAGUCCUGCGUGAAUUUUCACCGUUCGAAAACGGUCCUGGAGCUGCUACAACAGAAGAAAGUUCAGAACUUAUGCCAGCGAAAACUCACGAAGGAUCCGUGAAUUGGAUGACUUAACAGUAGAAAUAAUUGCGUGGCAGUUCAUCUCAGUCCGCCAGCUGUCACUCACAUACUGUGGCGGAUGUACGCUUUCAGGCCAAAAGGAGCAUUUCUGAAACGUAUUGGUGCUCGUGAUAAUUACAAAAUGUACAUAUAAAGUAAGCAGAUAGAAUUAAAAAAAAAAUCAUUUUUGAGAAGUUUCAGGCCUUCGAGUGUGCUCGCCCUUGGACUUGGGUGUGACCGCAGUAUAUUAUCUGUUAUGUAUUAUGAGUAAGCUAAAAUAAAAAAAGAAAAAAAGUUUGCAGCAUGUUAUUGAUGUGAAAGUGCUACAAGUGGUGUUCUGCGGGCCACUUUUUCUGUAGGUGACUUUUUGUACCCUUUCUUUUUUUGAACAAAUCAAAACCAUUAAUAUUGAAAAGUUUUUUAAAUAAACGCCUUCAACGAAUGUAUUAUUAUUAUUAUUAUUAUUAUUAUUAUUAUUAUUAUUAUUAUUAUUAUUAUUAUUAUUAUUAUUGCAGGGACGGGGAGCCGCUUAGGCCGACUUAAUGUACUUACAGUAUAGUCUCCGUCCUUACCUUGUCCUCGUGUAUAACUCUGUAAAAUUAAGAUAUAAUCAUUAUUAGUAUUCUCAUCCUUUUUUGAGGAUCCCUUAUCGCUAUGUAAUAGUGCUUUAUGUUACUGAUCGUCUUGUACAAUACAGCAUUCCAUAACUAUAGCUCUCUCUAUGUAGCCAGUUUGUAACUGUAAGGGGUUGGUGGGAAUGUAUAGGCCGACAUUCAAAAUGGAUUUUAAAAAAAAAAGUACAAUUUUGUUAUUUUUUUACCAUUCACGACAUGUUAAAAAGAACUCUGUUUUAGUGUAAUAGUAGUCCAUGAUCGUACCUUUCAUAAUGUCGCUCACCCCACUGCAUUCCUUCCUUUGCGCUUGUAAGGAUUGCUACGUUGUCUUGUAAAAGUAAUACUGAUAUGAAUGUAUAUGCGUAAGGUCUUCAAUAAACAGAAUAUUGAAACGUU